AUGGUUUCUGCAAGCGACGUCACCUUCUUCCAAGACAAUGGCUAUCUCAUUGUCCGCGAUUUCCUCUCUCCGAAAGAUAUCAUGAAUCUGAAGUCAUGGGCUCAAGAGGUCCACGACUACGAUGCCACCGAGACCUCUGAGUUUAUGCCCUACGAGGAGGUGAACUCCAAGGGCGAGCGCGUGCUCUGCCGAACUGAGAACUUUGCGGAUGGCCACGCGGGCUUCAACAGCCUCCUCCGCGGCGAGAAGCUACUCGGUCUUUUGCAGGCGCUCUCCGGCGAGCCCAUGCACCUGUUCAAGGAGAAGAUCAACUACAAGCUCGCCGGCAGCGGUGGCUUCGCGCCGCACAUUGACGCCGUCGCAUACAAGCACGUCAAGGACGUCAAGCACCUGACCAUUCUGCUGAGCGUCGACCCGUCGAACAUGACCAACGGCGGCUUGGAAGUUGUGGACGCCAGCCACCAGAUGGACGUGCCCAUCAACCCCAAGACCAACUGCAUUGAGGACGACUGGGUUGCCUCGCACAAGUGGACGCCUGUUGAAUUGGAAGCUGGCCAGCUUCUCAUCUUCACCUCGUACCUUGCUCAUCGCAGCGAGGCCAACCACAGCAGCUCGGACCGCAAGGCCGUGUAUGCCACUUACAACAUGGCCUCGGAGGGUGACAACCACAAGAGCUACUACGAGCAUCGCAAGGUUGCGUGGCCCGCUACGCACAUGCGCAAGAAGGGUGAGAGCUACGAGCAAGGGUCUUCCACUUACGGCUUUGGCUCGCCCAUGCUGAGCGUGGAGACUGGAAAGCAGUUGAUUUUCAGCUAG